AUGUCUGAGGAAAAAGUUAUCCGUAAAUCGUCGAAAAUUGAGGACUCCGGGGACUUGGAUUCGUGGGAUGAAGACGAAGGUUUGAUGUUCGCUCUGAAGAACUUUACUUCUCAACGUGAAGCCCAAAUUAGUAGAGAAUUGGAUUUAAAGUCAUGGAAAUCACUCAGUUACUCUGGGCAUACUUGUGAGCUGUACCUUGUCUCACGUUUGGCACCCAACUUUGCUACCGUUUGCCGCGUCUUGUACGAAAUCCGUAAACGAUGCCCAAGUUUUAUUCCAAAGUCAUUAUUUGAUUUUGGCUCUGGGCUCGGAACAGUCACCUGGGCGACAAACACAGUCUGGCCAGUUGGUUGCGUACGCCAUCAUUAUCUGGUGGAACCAUCAUUACAUAUGACACGAAUAUCGGAGUUUAUGUUUCAAAAGCAGGGGAGUGUUCAACCCUCUGAAUUUGUGUUUCCUGGUGUUUACCAUCGCCGCUUCAUGCCUAGUACCAAGAAUCAAUAUAAUUUGGUAGUCUGUGCUAACACUUUACUGGAAAUCCCAUGCAAAUCUUCUCGUUCACGUGUUAUUUCAUCAUUGUGGGAGAAAACAACUGAUUUUCUGGUCUUUAUUGAACAAGGAACAAAGUCCGGAUUUCAGGCAAUACUUGAAGCAAGGGACUUUUUGCUCACAAAUGGGGGACCUGAUGUUCAUAUUUUCAGUCCAUGUCCUCAUGUGCAGACUUGUGGAAAAAAGGAUUCCAACUGUAAUAUUGUUGUACGAUAUUACAACUUUGGAUUAACGCGAGUAAGUAUUCAUUUAUUUGAUAUUGAACAAAGAAAUAGGAGAACCAUUGACCGAAUUCUAUAAUUUUUAAAAAUAUUUUGUUGAAUUAUUUAUCUUGUUGACUUUUAGAAGGGAUAAAUUAGUUAUAUGUCAAGUCUAAUGUUAGGAAAUUGUUGAUGUCUAUUGAAACUAUUUACUCUGAAGAAGUGGCUUACAUUAAGUCGCGAAACAUCAGAAAUACAAUUUUUCUACUCAUUAGGGUAUAACAAAAAUAUAUUUAUUAUGAAGUUGUUAAUAUUUCUUAUGAUGAAACUUGUCGAUCAAUAGCAUUUUCGUUCAGAUACACUGAACACAGUUAUUAUACAUUAUCAAGUUAAUGUUCAACUCUUUGUUAUGUGUAAAGCCCACAUUUAAAUCGUGUAGUUACUGUACACUCAACAAGAUAGUGUCUCAUCAUCAUCGUUUUUUACUGUGCACCCGACUGUUUAUUUUAUACCUUUCUAUAUUGUUUCACACUAAGUUAUAUAGAACUAUUUCGCUCAUUUUCCUUUAAUUCAAACUGUAGUAUUUUCUAAUGUUACUGAUUUUUAGUUCAAAAGUGAACCGUCUAGCGAGCUCAUUUCUUAUUUGGUUGUAUCAAAGGGGGAUUGGCGAAGACAUCAAGUCCCAGUCGUAAAACCUGAACCUGACCAAUUGCCUCGGAUUGUUACUCAUAAACUAUUCAAACACGAUCAGCCCAUUCACGAUAUAUGUAUGCCUUCCGGUGCAGUUGAACGUGUUCUAUUCCCUAAACAACAGACUGAUGCAGGUCUAUAUUACUACAUGAAACAAGCACAUUCUGGUGAUAUCGUCCCUGCUGAAGUGGUGGCCACAAAUGAAUCAGAGCAUAUGAUUGAGUGUGUGAACGAAGAAGAUAAAGAAAAUAAACCGUCUUCAUAGAGUUGUUGAUAUUUUUUACCGAAUAUUAGUGAUGCCAUUUAGUGUAAAUGCAUGUAAAAGUGAAUCCAGAAAUAAUUUAUAUGCAGUUACGUUAAUAAUAUAACAAACAAAUGUGUUACAUUCUGUAAAAAGUCAAUUACUCCCUCAUCUUUUAUUUUUUUGUUAUUUGUUUCAAGAAAGCAACUUAAGUUUGUGUAUGGAUAUAUUCGUUCAAUAAAUUUUAUAAUGAAGUUAUUUUCUAUGCGAUUUUGCAAGCUAAUGCAUAGAUUAUUGUGAUGAACUGCAGUCUGCUUGAUAUAAUUCGAAUAGAAUCUGUAAUUUAACUGAUUUGUUUGAAAAAUUCAUAAUUUAUGAUUGCAUUCCCAAAUAGAUCGUCUAGUUAUCCAGAUUAUUAAGAAUGUCUUGGGAACAUAGUUUGAAAGGCGCUCUUAGAAUUUUUCCUGUUUAUCAAGCAUAUAAGGAUACAGGACAAAAUGCUGUUUUACUUUCAUGUUACGUUUUUCAUUGGUGAAAACGAUUGUAUGCUUAUGAAUUUAUCACAAAUAGAUUGAACGUUUAAUUGUACUCAGCUAUCUUCCUACUUAAUUAUUGAGAAAAUGAUAAAUCAAAAUGUUACAUAGAUUCAGGUGAUAUAUGUUACCAAUAUUUGUGCAAAAUUUAUGUGAUAAAGGUCUUAAAUUUGAAAAAAAUAUUGAUAAAUAAACUUACACUCGUGAAAGUAUUAUUUGGACGUAAUUCAUGGUCAAAUGAUCGGAUUCGUGAUUACUUUUGUCCUGGUGCAUUGUUUUUGUUGCUUAUUUUCCUCCAUGAUUGUUAUAUUCCAGCGAAAAUUAAAUUACGGGUAACUUCUGAGAACUAUUAAUGGACUAAUAUUAUAUAUAUUCCUAUUGUAUAACCGUUCAGUAACUAGAUUACAUAUAUUUAUAUUCCUCUUAUUAUAAGCUUCAUUUCGACCUAUAGAUUAUUAUUAUACGAUUUAGUGUUCUUAAGCUAUACUCAGUUUAUUAACUACCGUCUCCCACGUUCACAGCCACUUCUUGGCUUGAUCUUGUAUAAAUGUUAUUCCCUAUUUUAUGGUAUGAUACGGUCUGUUUGGCUGGUAUAUAAAUCAAGUAUGUUUGAAAUAAAUGAUUCGCAUAGUAGAAGCUGUACUGAUGCUCUAGACUCAACUGGAUUGACUAGGCAAACAAAGGACCAAUAAUAACUCUAGGUUGCUCAUACCGGUCGAACGUCAUUGGUUUAGCAUAGUACUAAGAUUGGAUAAGUCGUAUCUCGAUUGGCGAGUAAAUCGCGUGACAACCAGCCGGGCUUAAAGUCACAAUAGUGAUGUUGUAAAUGAGGUUGGUUCAUCAAUGUAGGUCGGUCGAAGUUUACAAUUAUUUGAAUCUUCCCUGAUUGUAGAUCUUUGUGCUAGUUAUUGCAUCAGCCUCUCUCAUCACCUGAAAAGCACCACUAGAGUGAGGUUCCAGUACCCUGCACAUACUAUGUCAGGACGAAUGGUGUAUAUACUGUUAAAAGGCAUUUGAAUAUACCGUCCAACGUCAAUUUUUACAGUCAUACGUACCACUCGGUUAUCACUGUACCAGGCACUUAAAAGGUGCUGAAAUACUGUAUAUUUAUCGAAAAUUAGUUGCCUCUGACAGCUGUACAACCUAACUUUUAUCCUGUUAGUUAUUUUGUACGAAUCAGUAGGAUUAGCUACUAACCCUUAUUUAGCUACAUUUUCACGUAUCCUUAUUGAUCCCAUCAAUCAUUUCCUUAUUCUCAUAUAACUACUUACUAACUUCUACUCAUUUGCCGAGUUUUACGUACACAUGACUGCUUACCUGUAUGUUUGCAUUACCCGGUUUGUUGUCUUCCUGAACUAAAUAUUGAUUUUGAUUACUGUAAUCAGUCAUUUCUCUAAAGAGUUACGAGAUGCAUCAACUUUUAUUUAGAUUCAUAAAUACAUUUUGUUCAUGUCCGGUAACGUGAAAAAUGUCAAGGGCCUAUUGUGCAGUUCGUAAAAUAACUCCAAACUGAUGGUUGAAUUAAGUUAUGGCUAAAAGAACAAACACGCGCCCCACAAAUGCAGUAUUUACCGAUUUCAGAAUUUCACUGUAUCAUGUCGAAAAUAGUGAGAAAAUCUAUGUUAACACGUAAAACUCAGCUGUUUUUGAUAUGAAGAACACGAGUAUAACUGAGAACCUUUUAAACAAGCUGUUUGAACUUAAUGUUUCUUCUCUACUUAUGUACUAUUUUCAGUGGAUUCCCAAACAUUGAUAACUGUACUUGUUAAAAUGAUCGGUAGCCCGUUCUUCAAAUUACCUAGUAAAACUCCAGGAGAACGCCAUGAGUACAUAAUACUACUCUGUACUAUUUAGACUUUGAAAGUCAUGUAAUUAUAACAAACAUAACAAACAAGACCAUGUUCUAUCACAAACGAUAAAUCUCAUUGUGUGCAGUAACCAGGAUUUUUAUGGAAAAAAACUGAGUAGUAGCUUUACGACUAGUUUUCUGUAAUCUAGGAAUGGAAAAAUAUGUAGCAACGGCUAAUGGAAGCAUAUAAUUAGUUAAUUAACCAGACUACCCGUAAUUAAUUAUUGGACAAACCUACAUCGGGAAUUUAUAUCCUGGUUCACAGAAGAACAGCUUCCAAUAUUCCCCAUUCCCAUUUUUGCGAAUCAGAUAAGAUAAAAAGUAUCACGAUCAGAAAGUUAGUGGCUAGUCGGGCUUCGAUAAAAUAAAACUCCGAACAGUUAAAAGGUUACAAGAUUCAGAGAAAAGAUUUUUAAUUCGUUGUUCACAUUAAGGGCACAAUUCCUAUCUAGUUGUAUUCAUGUAUUUGAACUUGUUUACAUUUCAGUUUCAAAAAAUACAUUUUAUGACCAAAGUACUCUAAGAUAUAAUCAACGUUGACCUAAUGAAUAAAGGAUAUAUAAACAGUUUGGUAAAGUGAAUCAUUUAAUAUAAAUACAGAAGGAGCUUUUAACUUGAAAGGUUUGAGUGAACUACAAGCACAAAUGUUUUAUCGCUAUAAGGUUGUGAAGAUUUUCUGGUUUUUAUUGAGAUUAUGAACCGAUCAGUAUUUAACCACCACUGAAAACCUGGAGGACGAUGGAAGUUGGUUGCUCAAUAUUGUGGAUUGGUUGAAGUUAGAUGCACAACUAUUCCAAUCAUUUUAUUUCUUUUAUCUAUAAUUAUUGAGUUCUCACAAAAUUAGUCGCAGCAAAAUUUACCGGGAAACAAUUAAAAUAUCCUAAUGCUCAAUUAACACGAUCGAACUAUUUGUACCAAGUUGAUAAAACGUAAAAUAUUACUUUGUACACUUGACACUGAACGUUUACGUUGUAUUAUUGUGAAAUGUAACUGAACAAAUGGAUAUAAAGUAAAGCUUCAUAUACGGUGCAAAUUCAGACUUGAUUUUAAAAUCAUAAACGCAUCUUAAAAUAUCUAUAAAGUAAAAAUUUCUAUACUUUAAUUCGUAAACUGUUCGUACAAUUUAAGUGUCACUAUAAAAUUCAAUAGAUUAAAUAAACUUCACGGUAUCUAAGAUUAGCACAAGAAGUAGUUUCAGUUUAAAGAUUUUCCUUAGUAAAUUUGAAUAAUUUACCAUCAGCUCAGGUGAAAUUCAAGUAAAAACUAACAGCUGCGAAAGUUCCCAAACUUGUAGCUACUCCCUUGUAAACCGUAUAAUCCCUCAUGAAGAUAUUUGAAUCCAUAUCACAUUGUUGAAUAAAGAGAAUAGCUAUUAGGCCAGAAACCUCCAAAAGAUAUCUGAUUCAAAUAAUGAACUCUCAUGGUGGAUUUGGUUUAGGAUAUGAGUUCACUAUGAAAUCAAUUUUCAACUCUACUUGCAUUUUGUCGAGUAUGUAACUCAACUGGUCUCAGCAGGCCCCCUAAAUUUUGAGGAAAUAAUCUAUUGUAAAUGCUGAAAGUCGAUUUAUAAACAUGAAAACGACAAAUAGCUUCUAACCAUCAAUAAAAAUUCAUUAAAUGACAUCACGAACAUCUGAGAUAAAUUGCUAUUGUAAAUAAUGCGCUAAGAAAUUAGUAAUCAGCAGUUGAUCCUAUUUGUACAAACUACUCCGAUUACAAUCAAUAUAGGUUACAUAACAUGCGUUGUAUUUAUUAAGUGUUCAACAACAUUCGAACCAAUUUCUCAAAAAGGUUACCGAACGAGACAUGAUCAGUUCCAGUCUCAGUUUUCACCAUUUCAGAGCAGGCAAUACAUUUAUAGCAAGUUAAACCAAUAAGAGUAAAAUAUUGAUCGAAAAAAGCACAAUGCUAGGAAAUAUAUCAGAGAAUCAACUGAUCAGAUUUGGUUUUAUUCAGCGUACAUUACCUGUGGGUGACUUAAAUUUGUAAUUAUGCGUUGCAACCACACGAGUAUUGAAGAUAUUGGAAUUUUCAGAAUUACUUUAUCGAAUGUUACUGUUUUUUUGUAUGAUUAUUAAAUAAUUGGACUACUACGUACCUUAUUCCCCUUCUUGUUAGCUUUCGUUGGACCAAGUGACUGCCGUUGUACCCUUUAUUUUUCCUUGAUCAUUGCUUUUUAGUUACAUAUUGUAUGCUUCGUUCUUUACCACGUAUAGAAUGUUUGUAUGUAAAGUAUUAUUUUUUUAUCUGAGGUCUAAUAAUUUAUGUACACAAAGCAAUGAAUUUUAAAAUAACAUACUGGGUACCCGAAAUAUAAAUAACAGAAUCUUGCAUGCUGUUUUUUUAUCGGACUCAAGAUUAAGGAUAAAGGCGUACUAAUCAAUGGGAGUCAAGAUUA